CCUGUUACUUGCCGCAAUGGAGAAUGGACAAUUGUUCAAGGUCUUCCAAUUGACGAGUUGUCGAGGAAGAAGUUGGACUUGACAGCGGAAGAGCUCUCUGAGGAAAAGGCUUUGGCAUACUCGUGCCUUUCUUGAAUUCUCUUCAACCCUUCGUAUUGGCGAAGUAAGUCAGUCUUGUGGCUUGUGUUUGGAAAUAACUACAGUUUUGAAUAAUGCCAUUGUUGGAUUUUCUUGAGUGGACAAGUAACGAUGGAGAAUCUGCUUUUACAGUUCUUGUGCAUUCCUCAUUUAUACGAGGAUACUUGAAAUUUGAACACCUACUUCUGGUGGAUAGAGUAACCCCGUGUUGGGUCCAUGAAUGAGAUUUAUAAGAGCAGAGUUUUUAAUACAAAAUCGGUUAUCUUCAUUUUGUUAUGCUUCUGUCACUUGAAAAUUCUAUGCAUGCGGGAUUGCUUUGAAUACAGUAGAGAUUGAUAUAUUGAUAUUUUGGUUGAAGCAUGAAUGAUUGAAGCCUUUUCUGAUCAAUGCUUCUAUUUUCAUUGUAUCAUGUACUUGCCCUUAAAGGUGGCCUUGUGUUUAUUAAUUGAGGUAAGCUGUGCAUUUAAUUUUA